AUGUUGCGAUUACGGGACAUGUCAACAGUUAAUCAAAGUCAGAUAUUCAAAGUAACUUCAAAGUAUGACUACAAGAAGUCACGGGGAGCUAAAUCAACUAACUAUCUCUCUGCAUCGAGCACCUUUAAGGUUUACACCCCAGAAUUAAGAUGUGUCAAACACAGCGCCCGGAUCACCUCGUCAAGAUUUCGGGCCUGUUCAGAGAAUCACGAUUUUGAGAAACUGAAGUGGCAGCAGACGUUUGACGCAAUGGGCGGACUGACAAAGCUGAAGCAGAAAGAGUACAAACCGUUCACAACGCUCAACGAAGCACCUUAUCACUGCUGCUCAUUAGCGCGGUCUUACAGUGUCUCCUAUGGUAAAAUAAGUCACGCAGAAGGUGGAUCAGUAAAGGGAAUCCAUAAACCAGUCAAAGAACCCAAAGCGGCCUCCUUUUGCAAGU